CAAAUAUUUUGAACCACACUCCAAUCUCAACUUGAACCAUGGCAGAAACACACACCAAAGAGUCCGCAGAAGCACUUAUCCCCAGCUUCCAAUUCGAACGCGUUCUCAACCAAGGUACCACCUACUACACCUAACACGACCUCCAAAUCAAUCGCAAGAACCACAGCUAACCACUCAAUCAGAUCAAGCAGGUCGUCGCAUAAUCCUCCACGGAACCAUCGACUCCAAACCUGCGCUCCUAAUCCUCGAACGUUCUCCCUUCCCUUCCUCCCCUACCUACCUCACCCAAUUACCAAAAUCCCUCUCGCAGCUGCAAAAUCUCGGUGCGAACGAUGUUUAUUUCUGGUACCUCGCAUCUUCACACCCUUCCACAUCCCCAAUCGUAGCAGCACCAGAAAACGAACCAAUUAGAGAAAGAAAAGAAAAAGAAUCACACACAGAUUUGAAGAUCAACUUGAUAUAUCCCUGCACGAGCCAACAUCUAAAGAAAUACUCACAACAAGGCCUCCGUCUCGUCCACGAAACACCGCAGAUUUACGAGCAGAAAGUCCGUCCGUACAUGGAGAACAAGCGUUCCGAAGGCCGUCUCAACUGGGUGUACAACAUAAUAUCUGGCAAAACUGAGGCGGAGGAUGUCAUCUACCGUACACCACUCUCCGAGACUCCAAACGAUGAAGGAUUUCUGCUAUUGCCGGAUCUGAAUUGGGAUCGUAAGACGAUGUCUUCGUUGCAUUUACUGGGAUUGGUGGAGAGGAGAGAUAUCUGGUCAUUAAGGGAUUUGAAGAAGAAACAUAUUCUUUGGUUGAGGGAGAUGAGGGAGAGGAUUUUGGAGAGUACGGUGGGGUGUUAUGAGGGGGUGGGAGUGGAGAGGGAUAUGUUGAAGUUGUAUGUGCAUUAUCAGCCUACUUAUUACCAUUUUCAUAUUCACAUUGUGAAUGUGGCUUUGGAGGCGGGGGCUACGCAGGCUACGGGUAAGGCGGUGGGGUUGGAGAGUAUUAUUGAGACGUUGGGGUGUAUGGAUGGGGAUGAGGUGGGGAUGGAGAGGCUGGCGUUGAGUUAUACGGUUGGGGAGGCUAGUGAGUUGUGGACGGAGAUUUUUGAACCUUUGAAGAAAGGGAAAGAGGAGAAGAGUUGA